AUGGAUAGCUAUUCAGCACAAUUUUACCAGCAACAGAGCAAAGGAUAUCAGAACUGUGUCACAUUGUACCAAUGUGGCUAUCCAAGUUCUGAGGGAUACAGCAGCCUGUCUCCAGCAUCAUCUUCUGACUCAUGUGACCUAUCUCCUCCAUACAUGUCUUGUUCAAAAUAUGAGGACUUUUUUGGCAGCAUUCCUGCAACAAAUACCCAGAUGGCUGACAGAAGAGAUAAGAAUAUUUCUCCAGAACAGAGAAAGAAGAGGAAGGGGAAGCUGGCAUACAGUCAGCGCCAAAGUGCAAGUGAGAGGGAGAAAAUGAGAAUGAGGAACUUGUCCAAAGCUCUUCAGAACCUUAGAAGAUUUCUGCCUCCAGCAGUGGCACCAGCAGACAAGAAUUUAACAAAAAUAGAGACCCUUCAGCUAGCUAUGAGUUAUAUCUCACACCUCUCAUCACAACUGGGACUUAGUGAAGAAGUCUUGGAGCAAAGAAGACAAGCUGCAUUACAAGCAAAUAAUAGUUGCCAGUAUGGGCUUAGCAGUUAUAUGGGUAAGCCUCAAAGACUGUGCUCACAAACUGCAAGUGAAAGCUUCAACCCAGCCACAGAUCUUACGGGCCUAUAUUCUGAAACCAGCCCCUUACUUGCCGAACCAGUAGUUCAAGGUAUAGAUGCAACCUGCCAGCAGCCUUAUGAAGUGCCUUACAUCCCUGAAUUAGAAACAGCCACGCUACAGCCUCACUAUACAUCUACCAGCACACUAUCCCAGCCACAAGAUCACUACUAUACCACAGGCCCACAACAGCUGGGAGUUUACUAUGAAAUCUUGCAAGAUCAUGUUGAAAUCCUGCAAGAAUAUAGUAAGCAAAUCACUGAUGAUGCUGACUGGCUGCGUGUUUAUUCGUGUUCUUCAAGAUAA